UCGCUUCGAUGGUCAACUUGAAUUUCUUUUUAGCUUCGGGCAAUCCCGAUUGGUGAUUCGCCAUUCAUUAAAUGCCAUUGCGCUGCAGCCUUGCGUAUUGUUUUCUAACCCCGCCACCUCACCAAUCCUUCUCGCAGUUAGAAAUCCAGGACAUAUUCAAAACCAUUGAUUCAUCAUGUAUUCCCGCAACUAUCCUGCUCCUACCCUUGGCAGCGGAAGGUUCAGACUCGUACAAAUAUCCAGAUUGAUAAACGGGAGACCAAAGCUUACACUGAGUGAGCAUAGCCUCGACUCCGCGCCCAAAUAUACCUGUGUCUCCUAUACUUGGGGAUCACCGGAGUUUCCCGAAUCCGCCCCGCAGCCGCUACCCCUGAACGACCCUCGCAUCGUCACCUUAAAUGGUAAAGAGUGGGAGGUAACGCCCAAUCUUUUCGACUUUUUGCAAGAGUUGUCGUCGCAUUUCAUAGCCCGAUUUAAAUACUAUUGGGUUGAUGCCCUCUGUAUCAACCAAGAUGAUACCAAUGAGAGAUCAGUCCAGGUUAAUUUGAUGGGCCGGAUAUAUUCACGUUGUGAGAAGACUAUUAUUUGGCUUGGCCGGGCCAACACGCAAACUCCAAAGGUGAGCGCCAUGAUCAGGCGAUUGGCGAUGUCUAGACGUGGGAAAAUAGGAAUGCAAAUGGAAGUGCCUUCUUGGAAAACGACCAGUCGGCAACACCUUGUAACUCCCGCUACCUUGAAAAAACUCGGAUUAGACAAACGGACAACUUGGGAUGACUGGAUUGCUCUUUUCUCGUUCUAUGGCCGCCGUUGGUUUUUUCGAACGUGGACUUUCCAGGAGGCGGUUCUGAGCCGCCUCAGAAUCAUAUAUUGGGGUCCUGAGAUGCUAUGCUGGGAUGAUAUACAGCAAGUUGCAGGUGUCCUUGCGGCUAUGAACAUUGCUGAAGCGGCCUUGAUUGACGCGUUGAAACGAGGUCCAAUUCGGAUGCCGCUGAAUAUCUUGGCCCAUACAGCAGCUAUUCCCUUAGUUGACCCUCAUUUCAAGACGGAAAGACAGUGGAUUCCCGGGUUGAGAGUGUGGCUCUACACAGGGAGACCAAUCUCUGCCACUAUCAUUAUAAAUUCUCUCGCCCUUCGCAUGUACAGAACACAGUCCUCGGAUCCCCGUGAUAAAGUGUUCGGGCUGCUCGGUAUCUGGGAAAGGCUUGCGAAAGAACAAUACGCCGAGGAAUUAAACUUCGCCGCGGAUUAUAGCAAGACAGUUCAGACAGUCUAUAUCGAAUUCAUGGCCACCAUCUUACGAGAAACCGAGUCGCUGAAUAUGUUGUCGUCCGUCCCGCCACGUAAUGGCACAUGCGAAACUGAAGGACUCCCAUCUUGGGUCACUGAUCGUUCGGCGGGAGGGGCUACUCCCAUCAUCGAGUUGCUCGCCCUCUCCGUACUAGCCGACAAUAUCGAUGCAAAUUUAAGCAUUAUGAAUCGUAAUCUACUAGCUCGCGACGAUAUCAGCAGAGAUUUUAGGAUCUUAGAUAGGGAGCUCAUCAUCCCUUCGUUCUGUUUCGCCACAGUCACACAUAUAGGUAACUCAUAUCCAGAGUUCGGGGACGGCGAUGUGGACAAGACCAUGGAACUACUACUCCACAGUCCCCAAGUAUAUCCAUUUCCGGAUAACCGGUCCCGACUUAAGGCAUUUCAUUCAACGCUUGUACUUGACAUCGACCAGCCACCCCCAGACCAAUUUCAAAUUUGGUGGAUGGCCUGUUUCGUAUACGGGGCAAUCAAUGCCUGGAAAGAGCGGAAUGUGCUACUCCAAGAAUUUCUAGAUGAAGCUGGAGUACCACGCUUCCUUGAGUCAAUGCUACCGGACAACGAUCAUGGAUUUUAUGUUCCGACUUUCGAUGAACUCCAAGAAUUAUGCGAAAAAUUGGGUUACUGGGAGAAUGGCGACGGCGACCUGAAUUCUACUGAGUUAUUCAAUCUUUUCUUGGAAGGGUUGUGUGGAAUCGAAUCUUCACUCCGGUUUACGUGGUACGGCAGACGCCCCGUUCUUCUAGAUAACGGGUAUUUUGGGAUGACGAGCGAAGACGUGAGGCCUGGUGACAUGGUAAGGAUUUUGCCUGGGGCUCGGGCAUUCUUUACUUUCAGAAAGGUCGAAGAGCGGCUUCAAGGUGGAAUAGACCGACAGGAGUUGGUAGGGGAAACAUAUGUAAGUGGUGCUAUGGCGGGAGAGGCAAGCAGACACGUCGAAAGGCUGGUGCAGAUGGGUCGGGGAUGGGAAGAGAUCUGUGUUAUUUAACUAGGAUGUCCGACCCCCCACGGUGGCUUUCUGAGGGCUUGAGAUCUUGCGGAUUUAUUGGUCUACUUGAAGCCUCGAAGGCGUCCGCAUACGCCACGGCGCCUAACUUGG